UAUUUUUGCAUCCAACCCCCUAUAUACACGGAGAAGCGACCUCCUGGUAACUCAUUCGUUCAUGAAUAGGAACGAGACGUCAACAUGCCUGAGCCAGCGAAGUCAGCGCCCAAGAAGGGCUCCAAGAAAGCCGUCUCUAAGACUGCUGUGAAGGGAGGCAAGAAGCGCAGAAAGUCAAGGAAGGAGAGCUAUGCUAUCUACGUGUACAAAGUGCUGAAACAGGUCCACCCCGAUACCGGAAUCUCGUCCAAGGCCAUGGGAAUCAUGAAUUCCUUUGUCAACGACAUUUUCGAGCGUAUCGCCGGAGAGUCUUCCCGUUUGGCUCACUACAACAAGCGAUCAACCAUCACCUCCAGGGAGAUCCAGACCGCCGUCCGCCUGCUGCUCCCCGGUGAACUGGCUAAGCACGCCGUGUCCGAGGGCACCAAGGCGGUGACCAAGUACACCAGUUCCAAGUAAACGGUUGCCAUUUGACUGCCCUAUGAUACCCCAAAGGCUCUUUUAAGAGCCACCCACACUACUUUUUAAAAUGUGCCAAUUUCCAUUUGCGUCUGUCACGGUUAUGAUUCUGACAAGAGACUACAGGCGACUUGCGAUGGUAAGGGUACUUUACUAACGUUAUGAACCUUGACAUGCGACCUGGGAAUAGUCAUUACUUUCCUAGCUCCUGGUCAGGACAUGCAUUGGGUUUUGCUCUUUUUACCAUAACAUUGAUAAAACUAUUGCAAGAAAUGUUCCAAGACUCUAUAAAGGGUGUCCUUGGGCAAAGCACUUCACCCUACUACAGGGAGAAUGUCCCUGUACUUAGUGUAAGUUGCUCUGGAUAAGAGCGUCUGCUAAAUGACUAAAUGUAAUGUAAACGAGACAGAGUGGCUUGUGGGAACUUGCACCUUGUUACAACACAUUAUUGUUAAAAAAGUCAUUUCAGUUUUUAUUAGAUCUUUGUUGUGAAAUAGACUUGUGUAGAUUUUUUUCAGCAAGUUCUACACGUUUAAAUCGUAAUGAUCCAUGUCCUUGUUUCUCGUGCAAAUGACCAAUUGUGAAUUUUGAUCUUAAAAAAUAACUAACGCUCCACAUAACUAUUUUAAGUGAGUUACUAGGAGUAGGCUACCUUGAUUUGUUCAGGGUUCCAUUUCACUCAUAUGAUCUCAUGUUACUGGAAUGUGACCUGAAUAAUUGAUUUAAAAAUACAAUCUGGUUAUACUGUCCCAUCUGACUAUUUCUGAGGGAGUACGAGUUUUGUAGCCUACUUUGAUUAAUUCAGCACAGGCCAACAAAAUGUCCACACAUUCACAAACGAUAUUUACCCAAAAAUGUUUUCCCAGCCUACCCAUCAUGUCGAUUAUGUCUAUAGUGAAGAUGUUUUGAGAGUCAGUCUCAUUCAAGCUCUUUUUUUUGUUUCUGGUUUUCUUUAGACAGAGAAAAGAGUCUUAGACGUAGCUUCAGAAAAUGUAUGUGGAUGCUUAAAGGGGUCAUUUAUUGAGGAACUGAAUUUACCUUGUCACAGUUGAAUAAUGACAGUUCAGUGGUAAAAUGGACAUACAGUGAACCCCAAAGUCCAUUGACACCUCUUUCCUAUGCAAAUAUCACAAUUAAAAAAAACAGCUGUAAAACAUAGGUUUUGAAAAAGCCACUGAACUGAUGUCAGUUUGGUGGCUCCACCUUUUUUGGCUCUGGUCUGUACUUUUGUCAUGCCCUAAAAUUUGCUGCGCGCUGCUCUGUGUACUUCCACGGAAUUACAAAGAAGAACGUUUUUCAAGGAUAUUGAAAAUGGACUACGGUCGUAAAUGCAGUGUUCCAGCCUGUACAAGGAAUGCUGACACUUUUCAGAGUCUUCCCAAGGAACCAAACACUCGACGGGCUGUGAUGUUUGUCUAUGAGAAGAUGUGCAGUUCGACCCUCAAUUACAUAUUUGCUCGAACCAUUUCACCAGGGGUACGUUUCCCGAAAGCGUCGUAAGCCUAAGUUGAUCGUAGAAUCCAUCGUAGGAUGAAUCUUAGUUUUACGGGCCGUUCCUGAAGACAUCGUAGCUAAAGUGUCUCUUGAAAAUUUGUAACUCUUGAAAGUGCAUAGAUUAGCCUACUCCUUACGAGCAUGUUUGGGAAACGCACGUAAGAAAUAUCGAUGGUUUUUUGCUCGAUCAUUGCUACAAUCCAUCGUUAUCGGGAAACGCAGCCCAGGACAGUUUUGAAAACCUGGGACAAUGUAAAGCAGGAUUUGCUAUGAAGCUGUUGCUGAAAAGAGGUGCUGUUCCGACCUUAUGUUCAUCACAGCCGCAAGCUGUAGUAUGAUGUCGCAAACAGUUAUUAGCAAUGCUAACGUAUCCUGCCUGUAUCUAGCAUAGGUAGAAUGUGUGAUGAUUUAGUUUAUUGGCAAUGGGCCUAACGUUAUUUCAUGUUCCUGACUGUGUUUCAUUCAAAUAAAUAACCUGUGUUGUCAUGUCAAUCUACAAUUCAAGAUGUAUGUUUGUCCAAACCUAUUUUUCAGCAAGAUAGCUAGAGCUAACUGAAGCUGAGUUGAAUCACGAUAGUUUGUUUGCUAAUUUGUAGUGCUAAUGUUACCCACCUAAGGCGAUCCUGUUUGCUUCGACAACAGAAGUGGAAACAACUAACGUAAUAAUCUCAAAUGAUAUCUAGUCAAUCUGUUGAAAACAGUGUUGUGUAGACACAAUAGAUUUAUUUGUACGUUUUUAUUUCAAGUCUCCACCUUCUUGUUUCAGUGAGUGCUGUUGGCCAUGUUGCGUCUUUGCUCCGCAGCUUCACUCGUUGUAAACCAACCAAUCAGCACGCAGCUCAUCUAUAUAUUCAUGAGCAUACCAUAAAAGGAGAAAACCUAGCGUUUGUUCCUGGGACAAUUUCACAGGAAGCAUCAGGGGGCAUAGAACAGCAUCCGGGCCAUUUUCAGCCCAACCAAUGUUAUAUACCCCAUUCGGAGACCUUAAGGAACAGUGUGAAAUAACCAAAAAACCCAGUCAAUGACCCCUUUAACGUGGUCAUUCCAUGAAAAGAAUAACUUUUUGUUUUCACAU